UGUUAACUGAAACAAUAAUGUAAAUUUUUGUUGUUAACUGAAACAAUAAUGUUAAUUUAUGUUAACUACAAACUGUCUUGGACAUUGGUUUUUUCAAAUUAACUCCGUGUUGAACUGGUUCUUCUUGUUGUGUGCUGCAGCCCAGCAAUCUGUUCAUGCCAAAUGAUUGAGUCCUGGUGAGGUUCAUUGCUAGACAUGCACGGUCUCUGCAGGCAAGGAACACAUAAAAGUAAAUCAGCGUGUUAUCAGAAACUCAUGAGCAUGAAAGAGAAAUUUGGAUCAUGUGCGAACAUGGGUAGAGAGCAGAUCGAGGAGAACUUGAAGAUUAAAGGCAAUGAAAGGUCUAUACACAUUAGCAUCCGAACCAGAACAAUCAAGUUCAAAGCUCUCAUGGUUGACUGGAGAAAAUCAAAGGAGGUGUGAGUUCGAAAGUAAUACCUGGACUACCUAUGGGGAGUUCUAUGGUUGACGCAGAGGGGAUUGUUGUUUCAUGUACAAUCAGGCCUCUCAAUCAUUGUGGGUCAGCUGUAAUGGCUUGCGAAAGGGAUUGUUCAAAUUAUUCAAAAUUCAAUAUGAAAGGCAUUUAAAGAUUGUCUCAGAGUUAUACCUAGACUCCCUUUGGGUAGUUCAAUGGUUGAGGGCGAUGGGGUUGGUGCUUCGCGAAUAAAUAGUCCGCUUGAUGGUUGUGUGUCAGAUCGGUUGUCUUGCGAAAGGGACUUUGUUAAUUAGUAAGAAACAACAUUGAAGGUGAAUUACUAAAAAUAGUACACAAAUUCCAUAUACCUGGACCCUCUUUGGGGAGUAUAUUAACAUUGGUGUCUUCACCAAGAGCAUGUCGGAGGCCAUUUGUCGCAUCCAUCUGUCGAUGUCGGUCUUCCUGCUGUUUCUUCUUCUGAUAAGAUUCUUGUCUCUUUGUGUUCAACUUAUCCUUUUGUUCUUGGUACCCUUGCUCUUCUUUUUUCUUCUUAUAAGUUGCUCUUCUCCAUGCGUUGAUGACAUUCCUUUCUUCCUUUGAUAAGGUCCCUUUACGUUGGCUAGCACGGCCCCUCGUAGCUCCAUCUGUUGUUGUAGGUAUACACAAGUUAGCAUCUGAUUUUGAACAGUAAUAGUAUUUAUGGAUAAAAUCGUGCACCAUCAGGGUUGCCAUAUAUUAAUUAUAUACCAAACCAGAUGAUUCGCAACAAUCCUGUAUGAUGGAUUAAAUUUACCGCUUCAUUAUAUUUAUAAAUUGGAAGGAAGUGUGAGUUCGGAAGCUAUACCUGGACUACCUUUGUGGUUUUCUACGGUUGACGGAGAGGGGAUUGGUGCUUCAUGUAUAAUCAGGCUGCUCGAUGGUCGUGGGUCAGAUGCAACGGCUUGCGAAAGGGAUUGUUCAAAUUAGUAAUCACCAAUAUCGAAGGCAUUUAAAUAUUGCUGAUGAGUUAUACCUGGACUCCCUUUCGGAAGUUCUAUGGUCGAGGGAGACAGGGCAUCUGCUUCACGAAUAAACAAGCCACUCGAUGGUUGUGGGCCAGCUCCAAUGGCUUGCGAAAGUGAUUGUUUAGGUUAAUAAUUUAACAAUCACCAAAUACCAAUCAAUUAUCAAUUAAAUAUACCUGGACCCUCUUUGGGGAGUCUAUCAUAAUUGGUGAUAUCACCAAGAGGUUGUCGGAGCCUAUUUGUCGCCUCCAUUUGUCGAUGUCGGUGUUGCUUAGCAAGAUUCACCCAUUCCCAACGAGAACCAAACGGGCUCAAGUCGUUUGAGGACAUCACUGUCAUAGACAGUUAUCAUUGGCAAAGAAGACCAAUAAGUACCGUAUACUAUAUUUAACACACUUUAAUCUACAUUGAACAGAAGUAAAGUAAGUUCUUGGCAUGUUUGGUACAAUAACGCUUCUCUUCAGUUUUUGUGCCCAAUAACCAACAUUGUCAUGUAAUGCAUU